AUGGAGGAAGAAGAGAACAACCAGCUGGCCUUCCUGGAUGUCCUCGUAUGCUGCAAGGAUUCUGGUGGACUAAAGACCAACGUGUUCAGGAAAGCGACAAAUACGAUGCAAGUACUGAACUUCAACAAAAACCGCCCAGUCAGCCACAAACGCAGUUGUGUAAGGACGCUCUAUUGGCGUGUCCAAACGCACUGCAGUGAGCCGGAAGACAAGAUAGCCGAACUACAAUACCUCCGACGCGUCUUCAAAGCCAAUGGUUAUCCGCGCAACUUUGUCAACCGGUACAUACGCAAAAGGGACGAAAGGCCUAACCGCACGGACACCAAAGUAUGGCGAGUGCUUCCAUAUGUCAAGACUGAAGGAUGGCGAACACAAUCUGGCUAUCUUCAAGGGGAAGGUAGUUCGGAAAUAUAUGCCGUUUCAGUGGAACCAGCCUGUAAUACUACGAACGACGACAGCUACUCAGCUAAAACAGACACCUUCGUUGAACCACCUGAUCAAGGCGCCAACACAAGUGAGGCCGUAGCGUCCAGUGAUCUGACUGAAACAACGCAUGUAAAUGGAACCAAUCAGGCAACGGAAGAGCCUAGAGAACACGACGUCCGUGAUAACGGAGUAAUGCUCACAGAUGUAACAAAUGCAACGGGAAAUUCGGCUGGUGCUAAACUGAGGUGCUUGUACACGAAUGCCCAAAGCCUCAUAUCGAAACUAGACGAACUAAAACUUUGCCUUGUUGAGCUGUCUCCAGAUGUUUUAGCAGUAACUGAGACCUGGCUGUCCGGGAAUAUUAGCGAUAACGAAGUAGCCCAGCCUGGAUACCAAAUUUAUCGGAGGGACAGGGAACAUCGUCAGGGUGGUGGUAUCGUUGUGUAUGUGAAUGACGGUCUGGCAGUGUCGGAUAACACCACCAAGUUUGCGUGCAGUACGGAAGCUAUCUGGUUGACCAUCAAGGCUACCGGUUCCCCGUGUCUCGAUGUCCUCACUGUCUACCGACCACCUAGGACAGACCGAAUCGCCGACACUCAACUAUUGGAGCAGUUGGGGCGACUUCAAUCUGAUGAGCGCAGACUUAUCCGGUCUCGACUGGGGCUCAUUGUAUACGGGAAGUGCCAACGAUGA